AUGGCUCAAGCAAAUCAACUGGUUCUGGGAGGUUCAAGCAAAAGAAAGGAAACUUUGGCGCCACGGUUAAAGAUCAUCGUCCCCUAUUUCGAUAACACAGAGCUCAUCAAGGGUUACAAUCGCACUCUCAUUGGCCGUUGUAUGAAUCCAACGGUUCAGGAGAUGAAGGCGCUUCUAUUCAUGCUACCGAGAAUCUGGAAGGUUGAAGAGCGUGUGGCGGGAGCAGAUCUUAGAAUGGGGAGGUUCCAGUUCAAUUUUGAUGAUGAGGAAGAAUCCAGGCGGUUUUACAAAUGGGACCAUUUCAUUUCGAUGGAUGGAUGA